UUUAAUUUAUUUUUUAUAUUCCCGCCAAAAAUCAUUAACUGUUGGCGGUAAAGAAACAAAAAUAUUUAUUAAUUACAAGUAGAGCUUGAUUAUAUGUAUUUAUUUUGAAUAUUCACCGAAAAUAGUUAUUUGUAAUUGUGAAACUUUUUAAUUUAUAUAUCUCAUGUUAUCCUCUUAAAUAUUCAAUUAUGAAUCCUAUAUGAAGUAUAUGUAUAUGUAGCAAUGGUGGUGGUGGUGGUGGAGGUAGAAGUAGCAACAGUGUUAGACGGGGAUGCAAAAUCUUGUUAUUUUGUACAGUAUACAUGUAUAUGACGUUAGAAAUUUGUGUGUUUACAAACAAUUUUUAUAUCUAUAAUUGAUACAUAAUGUAUAUAGUAAUGAAAUGUAUUUUAAUUUUUCUAUUAUUAGAAAUUUUUUGUUUUGAUUUUUCACUGUUAAAUGAACAACACCGAUAUAAGAGAUUUAUAGGUGAGACAACAACUGCUGAACCAAAAAUUAAUUUACCUGAAAAAAAUACUACAAAUUCAAGCACCAAUAACAAUAAACAAAAUUUAUCAACAAUAGCAAUGUCAACUACAGCUACAUAUUCUAGAAAUACGACUGAUAGAUUUAAUAAUUUACCAUACACUCGAUUAUUAACUACUAAUUCUCAUUAUACAACUUUUAUGACAACUGCAAUUCCGAAAAUUGUUGUGGAAUCAACUUCUACCAUUCCAGAACGAAAAUUUGAUGUCUUGAGUUUCUUAGGAGGAUGUCUGUUUUCUUGUUGCUUAACUGGUAUUGGUUUUUUUGGAUGGAAAAUGUAUGCUCUACAUCUUGAACGUAGCUAUCGAACUAUCUAAAAUAUUGAUAAUCUAAAAAAUUUUAAAAUAUAGAAUUUUUCUCAUUGAA